CGCGUCCUUUCUUCGUCGCACGCCGGGUCAUUGUAGCCUGUGGCACGCCAUGCAGCCUGUGGCACGAUGAAGGGCGUGGCCGUGAAAGAUGCUGAUUCUUCCCAUAGGCGAUCAGUUUUAAGAGUGCCACGGCCAUGGCCUGGGGUGCUUGGGCUUGUAGGGCCAGAGCCUGUGCCACCUAUGCCUGUGGGGUCUGCGACGCCUGAGCACCAAGGGACGAAGAUUCCAGGCGAAGUUGAAGAGGAGGUCCCACUCUCAAGGGCGAUGACGCAGACCUCCACGCGACCCAGUGUGCGGCGACCGGUGGUCCCGAAGCUGUCCCUGCGCGGGGUUUUCCGGGAAAAGGAACGGGCUGGUGAAUACAAGCUGAAGAUGGACUACAAGUGUGACGACAGCGACCCAGAGUCGGACGUGGAGUCUGAAGAGGAAGGGGAGGAUCCUCAAUUCUCAGAACUCCUGAUGGACGAGGCCAUUGAGGUCCUCCUAAGAAAGAGAUACCGCGUGGUGGAGGAGGUGAAACCUCCAACACAAAGCCUUUGGGUCCGCCUCUUUGGCGGGUGCCUGGUGGAGGCGGAGGACAAGGAGUCGAGAUCGGAUCCUGUAAGUCGACCCGCGCUCAUUGGCGCGAAGACGGCGGCAAAUCUCGGGAUCAGUGUGGACACGUCCACUGCAUUCAUUUGAGGAGUUCCUCACCUUGACAGCUCUUGGGGUCUUCAGUGGAGAUUGCCGUGGAGAUCCGUUUUUUACGAAGGGCGAGAUAGAGACAUAUCAAAAAUACAUCCAACGUCGGCUCGCUUGCUUCUGACUCCCGGUGUGUGAUAACCCGAGAACGUUGUGAUUCGAUCCCUGUAACAUCUAUGUGAGCUCUUACCCUUGUCUAUGUGAGCUCUUACCCAAAGGCCAAGGUUUUGAACUUAAGUGGAAGCCUCCUUCGCCAGACGCGAGGAGCGUGCCGACGCUCGGGGCGUUGCCUUCCGCGGUCUCGGCCAAGCCGAUGACCCGAACGGCUUAGACGGCCGGAACGGCUUCGUGGCUCAUAAACGCCAGCUCUGAAAGCGUUUGGAAGCGGUCAGCAGUGUUUUCGUUCAUUUCUU